AUGGCAUAUAUUGUUUAUAAUAAAAGUAAUAUUUAUAAUAAUUCACAUAAUAAUUCACAUAAUAAUUCACAUAAUAAUUCACAUAGUAAUAAUAUACAUAAUAAUGAUAUACAUAAUAAUAAUGUUAAUAACAACAAUUCAUUAAAUAUACUAUCAACGUCACCAACACCAACAUCAGCAUCAACAUCACCAUCUGCAAUAUCGACAGUAAAUGCAAUUAAUCAUUUAGAAAGACAACGUCAAGAAAUAUUUUCAACAACAAAAUUAAUGACAAAUAAUAUUACAUCUAAAAGGUCAUCUGUUGAUAGUAAAACACUUAAUGAAAAAAUCUUUUUCACGACACCUGAAGAAAUCGAAUUAUUGGAGAAACUGGAUGAUUUGGGAUUUGAUGUGGAUUCGAUGAAAACAAGCGUUUUAGAGGGUAGUUGUGAUUCAGCCAGCGGAGUUUGGUGGUUGUUACUAGCCAAGCAGAGAGAGAAAAAAAGUACAUCAUCAUCUCCUCGACAAAAUAUUAUGGUUGAUGUAGCAGUUGGUAUAGGAGGCAAAUUUGCUGGUUUUGAUGUUAAUGUUUAUAUUGCAGAUAAAUCAUUAUCGGUUACAGUGAAAUUGCCAACUGGGUCAGAUUAUUCAUUGGAGCUUGAUCCGCUUGCACACGAGAUUGAACCAAAGGAAAGUAAAUAUGAUAUUUUGUCUACAAAAAUUGAAAUUAAAAUGAAAAAAAAGGAAGUUGGUAUUAAAUGGAGUUUACUUGAGGGAGAAGAUAAACUUUUGCAAAGAAUUGACACUGAUGCUAAAGGUAGCCUGGCAUAUCCAUCAUCAGCUCGUCAUGCUAAAAAUUGGGACGCAUUAGAGAAAGAAAUUAUUAAAGAUAAGGAUAAACCCGAAGGAGAUGCAGCAUUGAAUUCAUUAUUUCAACAAUUAUAUAACGAUGCAGAUGAGGAUACUAAACGUGCAAUGUUGAAAAGUUAUACCGAAAGUAGUGGAACUUGUCUUAGUACAAAUUGGAGUGAGGUUGGUAAAGGUAAAGUUGAAACAAAACCUCCUGAUGGUAUGGUUGCUAAAAAGUUAUCAUCAGCAUUGUCUUGUGCUUUUAGCAAAUAG